CCUGUAGAGGGCAGCAGUGCGAUGCCUAAAGAUGUGAUGGCGGAAGAAGAAGCAGAUGUUUAUCCCUUUGACAAGACUACUAGCUUUGAGGAUUGAAAGAGAGAAAUGUGAAGAGGGUUUCAUUCGCCGUACGCGUCAUUAUCAGUGGAAAGUGACAGAAUGGAACAAUAAAUUCAGAAAAUUACCUUAACUGACGGAGGCGGUCUAGUUCGACAAACCGCAGAAGAAGAAGAACGCGUGUACGUCACAGUCAGGUCGUGAUGGCGGUUGAUUUGACUCCUCGGUUCAGACGGCUUAACAGUCAGACCAGAAGUUUUCGUGAAAAUGUACAACACGUAUUCACUGGUCCUUUCGGUGCUACCCAGCUGUGGCACAACAUCAUCCAGGCCCUGCAGACUCAGGUAGAGGUUCGUCGCUGUAGACGGCACCUUCGUGUACACAAUGAUUGCUUCACGGGCUCAGAUGCUGUGGAUGCAGUCCUCAGCUACUUGAUGCAGAACGUGGUGUUUUGCACAAGUGAAGUGUCUCGUCUCAAAGCCGCACGACUCUGCCAGGCUCUGAUGGAGGCAAAGGUGUUUGAGCCGGUGGGAACGAAGCUGUUCUGCAGAGACAAAGAUCUGACUUUUGAGGACAGCAGCUGCAGUCUCUAUCGGUUCCUGGAACAUAAAGUGUUUCAGAGCUCAUCUGUGAAAAACUGCAGUAGUGACACAGAAGACAAGUCAUCAGGGAAGCUCGGAGCAAAGAGGAAGAAGAGUUCCAGGCUGAAUGACCAACGAACAAUUAUCAACCCUCUUGCGGCGGGACCAUCAGAUAAAAAGGUUGAGAGACUGCUGAAAGCCAUCAACCUGCAGCCCUCCCUGUCUACAGCUUUAAGCACAGCUCAGACUUCUACCUUUUUGUCUAAGGCUGUGGUAGAUGAGGUGUGGAAAAAGCAGACACUGCUGCAGCUGCUACAGAUAGUGGAGCUGCCCAUGCUGGACUGCAUCUUGACCUCUCCUGCCCGGUUUCAGUCCCAGACCUGUGGAGGUGCUGUCGCUAAUCAGGACCUGGUUAUUUCGAAUAGAUGCCUUGAGAGAGAAGUACCAGACACCCUUCAUUUGCCACACUUGGAUGGGUGGCUGUCAGCAGCAGCAGAUUGCUUGGAGCUGCUCCCUGACCAGCUGAUUGUAGUAGCAGGGGAACAGCUCAGCCAACAAACCAGUACUGUCUCUCAUGAAAAGGAUAACACAGAGCAGCAGACAAACCAAAAGAGACUCCUCUUUGACAUCAUUGCAAAGUACUACAGUGGACAGGAGAAAGCUCCACUUCUCUCAGGACGCUUUGUGGACAUACAUGCUGCAAUUCUGAACUUACUAGAUGAAGGAAAAGUUCAGGAUGCCAACACAACAUCUCAGUUGUGCUUGCGACUACUAGAAACGAGCGUGAGAGAAGAAUUACGGAGAUUAUUAGCCUUCAUGGCCACAGCUGCUCACCUGGAUUCUUGUCGUCUGCAGAAACAGACUGACAACAGGACCUUGGUGUGUCGCACGUUUCAAAAAGCAAUUGUUCAAAAUCAUGGACUUAAUCGAUCUCAGAGUGAAACCCUGGUCCUGUUCCUCAUGGACAAUCACACUGAGCUCUUCAAGACUCCUGCCUCUCUCAUUGAAGCCGUGAGGAAAACACUGAGGACUAUGCAGCAAGGCAAAGACCCUGAUUCUAUUGCCACCUUCACCUUUUGUCAGCAGGUCACACCACAGGAGUAUGAGGAUCAGCAGGAGGCUGCCACCCUGGAGGGCCUCAAACAGCUUCUGCAUGACAUUUCCUUGAGUAAGAGUAUGCCUGCCAAGGAAAAGAGGAGGCUGCUUAAGGAGUUUGAAAAACAUCACCCUGUGGUUUUCCUUCAGCAUUUUUCCAGUACCUUCUGAAGUAUAAAAUGGAAGGGUACCUAACAAGGCCAUUUUGUGUUGGCCUGACUUUACACUGAGGAAAUAAAACUGGGGAAAUGACUAAAGGCGACAUGCUACACCUAUAGCUGUAACAGUCUGACAGGUAAUUACUGUAUAUGUUGAUUAGGUCUUGAUUUUAUGUAUUAUAGUUUCUACUGUUUCAUAGAACUGGAGGCAUUAAUAACUGAGUGUUAUGAUUUGUUUUGCACUAAUUUACAAAAAGGGAAAAUUGCUGUAGGCCCUUUGACUGGAUAUUAUUAUUUCUACAUGUAAGGCAAAGGAUGAUUUUUUUUUGCUUUGGACUGUAGCAUGAUGUAGUAUAUUAACACAAAGUUUUGUGGAGAUGACACUCAACUGUAACUCACUAGAAUUUUCUGUGAUGAGUUUCAAGUGAAAUAGAAAUAGAUGCAUUAUUGUAUUAGAUUAAUUCAUUUUAGUGUUAAACACAUCCAGUGACAGGACUUUUUAAAAAAUGUUUUUACUUGAAAUAUAUACAUAAUGCUUUUUUCUGGAAAAGGCAUUGAUUUUAUUAUUUUAAUUAAUUGUUUGUUUUGUGUUAGCAAACAUUAGCAUGCACUUUAUAAUGAAAGAAGACACUGAUAGACGCUACAAUCUGGUAAAAUAACACCUGAUUAAAAACAUCACUAAUUGCAAAAA